AUGGUGCCCACCAUUUUUCUGAGCACCUUCUUGCUUCAUUUUACUGUUUCUGUGGCUUCAGAACCGCAAUAUAUCCUAUGGGUGUCCUCCGUGAUGCAGAGUCAUUCUACAGACAAGGCUUGUCUCCACCUUUCAAACCUUAACGAAUCUGUAUCCUUGAGUGUUGUCCUAGAAUAUGAUGGAUACAACACCACGAUUUUUGACCAGUCUGUGGACGACGAUAACUUCUACGCUUGUGCAGAUUUCAAGGUGUCUCAAAAGUCCUCUGAGCCGUUGGCCUUUGUGACAUUGCGGGCUAAGGGAGAGACUCUUAAAAUCUUCGAGAGGAGGUCCGUAGCACUCGCUUCAGAGGAGACCGUAACCUUUGUGCAGACAGAUAAGCCCAUCUAUAAACCUGGACAGAAGGUUCAAAUUCGCAUCGUGACGCUGGAUACCAAGUUCAGACCUGUUGAGGAAUUGUAUCCGUUGAUCACACUCCAGGAUCCUCAACACAAUAGGAUUUUUCAGUGGCAAAAUGUGACCUCCUUUCAAAACAUUACCCAACUCUCAUUCCAACUGAUUUCAGAACCAAUAUUUGGAGAUUACUCUAUUAUCGUGAAAGAAAAAUCAGGAAGGACGCUGACACACCAAUUUACUGUUGAUAGAUAUGUGUUGCCCAGGUUUGAAGUUAAGGUCAGUGCACCACAAACGGUAACUAUUUCGGAUGAUGAAUUCCAAGUGAAUGUAUGUGCUAAGUACACCUAUGGCCAGCCGGUGCAAGGAAAAGCUCAAAUCCGGGUGUGCAGAAAAUUCUUCUCCUCCGAGAACUGUGAGAACAACAACAAUGAAAUAUGUGAGCAAUUUAUUGCGCAGUUGAGAAACGGUUGUGUGACUCAAAUUGUGAAUACGAAAGUCUUCCAACUCUACCGCUCAGGAUUUUUCAUGUCAUUUCAAACCGCUGUAACAGUUACGGAAUUUGGGACAGGUGUGCAGAUCAGUGAAAAGACUUCCAUUUUUCUCACUCAAUUGCUUGGGAGUGUGAGCUUUGAGAAUAUGGAUUCUUUCUACAGAAGAGGAAUUCCUUAUUUUGGAACUGCCACGUAUAUUCGACCUAAGAACUGCUAUCCUCCCAGCUGGUUAGCGCCUGAGUAUGUGGAUGCUCAUUUCUCAGUUUCACGCUUUUACUCCCGAACCAACAGCUUCCUGAAGAUUGUUCCUGAACCAAAACAGCUUAGAUGCAAUCAACAGAAAACUGUUACUGUGCAUUACACCCUAAACAAAGAAGCAUAUAGGGAUGAUUCCAGUAUCAACUUUUUUUAUUUGGUGAUGGUAAAAGGGGCUAUCUUCCUCAGCGGACAAAAGGAAAUCAGAAACAAAGCCUGGAAUGGAAACUUCUCGUUCCCGAUCAACAUCAGUGCCGAUCUUGCUCCUGUGGCUGUCAUGCUUGUCUACACCCUUCACCCCAGUGGGGAAAUUGUGGCUGACAGUGUCAGAUUCCAGGUUGACAAGUGCUUUAAAAACAAGGUUAGCAUGAAGUUCUCUAAGGAGCAGGGGCUACCUGGCUCCAACACGGAUCUGUACCUUCAAGCAGCCCCUGACUCAUUCUGCGCACUCCGGGCUGUGGAUAAAAGUGUUCUUCUGCUGAAAUCAGAACAACAGCUGUCAGCCGAAAGUGUGUACGAUCUGCUUCCACAUGUAGAACUGUAUGGUUAUUUCUAUCAUGGCCUCAACCUUGAUGAUGGCAAGUUUGACUCUUGCAUUCCUCAGAAGGAUAUAUUCUACAAUGGUUUGUAUUAUAUACCUGUAAGCCACUAUGGGGAUGGAGACACCUAUGAUAUUCUCAGGGCUAUGGGUCUGAAAGUCUUUACCAACCUUCAUUACCGGAAACCGGAAGUAUGUUCAAUGGAGGGAAGGAUGCCAUUCCUCAGGCCAUUGCAUCUAGACGCAGAAGGAUAUGGGCCAAUAUACAGUGCCCCAUCUAGAAUUGCAUGUGGGUCUGGUGACAAAAUUCUCCUGAAGGAGAAUUUUGACUAUGUAGAACAGGCUAUAAUAGAAACGGUAAGAACAAACUUCCCAGAGACGUGGAUAUGGGACCUCGUCAGUGUCGAUUCCUCAGGUUCAGCAAACAUGUCCUUCCUCGUCCCUGAUACCAUAACCCAGUGGCAGGCAAAUGGCUUCUGUGUGAAUGGUGACGCUGGGUUUGGCAUUUCAUCAACAGUCACUCUGGAAAUCUCCCAGCCUUUUUUCGUUGAAAUGACUUUGCCCUUUUCAGUUGUUCGAAAUGAACAAUCCGACUUGGUUGUCAGUGUCUUCAGCUACCUGAGUACAUGUGUAGAGAUUUCGGUGCGGCUGGAAUCAUCUCAGUAUUUUGAAGCAAAUAUCAGCACCCCUAAAACCAAUGGCAGUGAGAUUAUCCAAGCUGGAGAGAAGAAAACGUAUGUCUGGACUCUUCUACCGAAGACAUUGGGUAAAGUGAAUAUCACGGUAGUUGCUGAGUCCAGACAAAGUAGUGCCUGCCCCAGAGAAGCAGCUGAUCAGCAGAAUCUAAACUGGAAAGAUACUGUGGUCAAAAGUCUAUUGGUGGAGCCUGAAGGUAUUGAAAAAGAAAUGACUCAAAGUUUCCUUAUCUGUACACAAGGGACCAAAGUCUCCAAUCAGGUCGUUUUGGACUUGCCAAACAAUGUGGUAGAAAGAUCAUCCAGGGCCUUUUUCACUGUUGUGGGGGAUAUUCUAGGACUUGCGAUGCAGAAUCUGGAGAAUCUUCUCCAAAUGCCCUAUGGAUGUGGAGAGCAGAAUAUUGCCCUACUCGCAUCGGAUACCUAUGUUCUAGACUAUCUACAAUCUACUAAACAGUUGACCGAGGAAGUUAAAUCUAAGGCUUUCUAUUUCUUGUCUAACGGUUAUCAAAAGCAGUUGUCUUUCAAAAACUUUGAUGGUUCAUAUAGUGUGUUUUGGCAGAGUAACCGGAAAGGAAGCCUAUGGCUCAGUGCCCUUACUUUUAAGACAUUAGAGAAAAUGAAGGAAUAUGUUUACAUUGAUGAACAAGUUCAAAAACAGACCUUGCUCUGGCUUUCAAGCAAACAGCAAAUCGAUGGCUGCUUUAAAAGUGAUGGCAAGCUUUUCAACAAUGCCUGGGAGGGUGGAGAAGAAGAGGACGUUUUACUCACCGCCUAUAUUGUCGGAGCGUUCCUUGAAGCUGGACUCAAUUUCACCUUUCCUGCUCUACGAGACGGGCUCUUUUGCCUAGAGGAAGCACUUCAACACGGGGUCACUAAUGGCUAUAAUCAUGCAAUUCUAGCUUACGCUUUUGCAUUAGCUGAAAAAGAGGAGCAAAUGGAAUCCUUACUCCAGAUCCUGGAUCAAUCUGCUACCAAAACAAAUAAUGUCAUAUACUGGGAACGAGCAAAGAAACCCAAGACAGAAGCAUCCCCGUUCUUUAUUCCUCAUGCACCUUCUGCUGAGACUGAGAAGACUUGUUAUGUGCUCUUGGCUGUUCUUUCCAAGAAAACUCCUGAUCUCACCUAUGCGAGUAAAAUUGUGCAGUGGCUUGCCCAGCAGAUGAAUUCCCAUGGGGGUUUCUCCUCCACUCAGGACACUGCAGUCUGUCUUCUUGCCAUGACCCGCUACAUGAAGUUAACCUUCUCUGAUGACCAAAACACCGUCACCUUUCGCAGUGAAGAAUCCAGUGAGAUUUUCCAGGUUAACAGUGACAAUCGCUUACUGGUCCAGCGUUCCGAACUAACAAAAGCACACGGACAAUAUACAGUAGAUGUGGAAGGACAAGGUUGUACGUUUAUCCAGGCUACCCUGAGGUAUAACACACUCCUACCUAAGAAGGCAUCUGGAUUUUCCCUUUCCUUGGAAAUGAUAAAGAAAAACUCAUCGGAUACAUUCCAGAACCAUUUUAACCUGACCAUAACCCUCAAAUAUACUGGAAUCCGCAAUAACUCCAAUAUGGUCCUUGUUGAUGUCAAAAUGCUGUCAGGAUUUACUCCAGUCAUGGCAUCUAUUGAGGAGCUUGAAAAUAAUGGCCAAGUGAUGAAGGCUGAAGUCAAGAAUGAUCAUGUUCUUUUCUACUUGGAAAGUGUUUUUGGUACAGUGAACAGUUUUACUUUCUCUGUUGAGCAAAGCAACCUCGUGUCCAACAUACAGCCAGCCCCGGUUAUGGUCUAUGAUUAUUAUGAAAAAGAUGAAUAUGCCCUUGUUACUUACAACAUCAACAGCGUUUCAGAUUCCUCGUGA